CCAAAGAUUAGGUUAGGUUAGGUUAGAAAUUAAAUACCACAAAUAAGAAACAUGGGGCCUCCUAAGAAAAGUAGUAAAAGUGAAAAAUCGAAAAAACGUAAAAGAGAAGAAGACGAUUUAUGGAAUUACGAGGAGGAUGAUACAAAUGAUGCCGGUGAUGAAGCUGCUGUUCCUAAUGCUGCUGCAAGGGAUGCAGAAAAAAAUGAUCAGAAUAUUGAUGAAGAUGAAUUUGGAGCUAAAGAUUACCGCUCACAAAUGUCCCUCAAACCGGAUAAUUUAUCACGUCCACUUUGGGUUGCCCCUAACGGGCAUAUAUUUCUUGAGUCAUUUUCUCCAGUUUACAAACAUGCACAUGACUUUCUUAUUGCUAUAUCGGAACCUGUUUGUCGACCUGAACAUAUUCAUGAAUACAAACUUACUGCUUAUUCCCUGUAUGCAGCUGUGAGUGUUGGACUUCAAACUAAUGAUAUUAUUGAGUACUUAAAACGGUUGAGUAAAACUAGUAUUCCUGAAGGAAUUAUUGAAUUCAUCAAGCUCUGUACUCUUUCUUAUGGAAAAGUGAAAUUAGUUUUGAAACACAAUAAAUAUUUUGUUGAGAGUCCCCAUCCAGAAGUACUUCAAAAGUUGUUGAAAGAUCCUGUUAUUCAGGAAUGUAGAUUGAGAAAAAAUGUUGAGAAUGAGGAGGAAGAUCUAAUUACUCAGGUACAGGAGAAGAAAAAUGUACCUAGCUUUGGUGUAAAAUCAGGACCUUCAGAACAAACAUCAGAGGAAGCUAGUACAAGUGUUCCAGAAGAUAUUACAAAUUUCUACGAUAAAAUGGAUAAUGAAGAUGAUGAGGAGGAAAGUACUCUACAGACAGUUUCUUUUGAAGUCAAUCAAGAAAAAAUAGAAGUUAUUCAGAAAAGAUGUAUUGAAUUAGAACAUCCACUUUUAGCAGAAUACGAUUUUAGAAAUGAUACUGUUAAUCCUGACAUCAAAGUAGAUUUGAGACCAUCAGCAGUUCUAAGACCUUAUCAGGAAAAAAGUUUGAGAAAGAUGUUCGGAAAUGGGAGAGCUAGGUCUGGGGUCAUUGUCCUACCUUGUGGGGCUGGUAAAUCUUUAGUUGGAGUUACAGCAUGUUGCACUGUUCGUAAACGUGCUCUAGUUCUAUGUAAUUCUGGAGUUUCAGUAGAACAGUGGAAACAGCAAUUCAAAAUGUGGUCUACAGCAGAUGAUAGCAUGAUAUGUCGUUUUACAUCUGAAGCUAAAGAUAAACCAAUGGGUUGUAGUAUUUUAGUUACAACAUAUUCAAUGAUAACUCACACUCAAAGAAGAUCUUGGGAAGCUGAACAAACUAUGAAAUGGUUACAAGAGCAAGAAUGGGGUAUUAUGGUUCUAGAUGAAGUACAUACUAUACCAGCAAAAAUGUUCAGGAGAGUUUUAACAAUUGUACAAUCUCACUGUAAAUUGGGACUUACUGCAACCCUUCUUCGUGAAGACGAUAAAAUUGCUGACUUGAAUUUUUUAAUUGGUCCAAAAUUAUAUGAAGCAAAUUGGUUGGAACUUCAAAAACGAGGUUUCAUUGCAAGAGUACAGUGUGCUGAAGUUUGGUGUCCUAUGACACAAGAGUUUUAUAGGGAAUAUUUAAUGUGUAAAACAAGUAAACGAAUGUUAUUAUAUGUCAUGAACCCUAGCAAAUUCAGAGCAACUCAAUAUCUCAUUCGCUAUCAUGAAAGAAGGGGCGACAAAACAAUAGUCUUCUCAGAUAAUGUCUUUGCUUUGAAGCAUUAUGCUAUAAAAAUGAAUAAACCAUACAUUUAUGGUCCAACAUCGCAAGGAGAAAGGAUACAGAUUUUACAGAAUUUCAAAUUCAAUCCAAAGGUAAAUACGAUAUUUGUGAGCAAAGUGGCUGAUACAUCUUUUGACCUGCCUGAAGCUAAUGUACUGAUUCAAAUUUCAUCCCAUGGUGGUUCAAGAAGGCAAGAAGCUCAGAGAUUAGGUAGAAUUUUGAGAGCCAAGAAAGGGGCAAUUGCUGAGGAAUAUAAUGCCUUUUUCUAUACCCUAGUUUCACAAGAUACGAUGGAAAUGGCUUAUUCGAGGAAAAGACAAAGAUUCUUAGUGAAUCAAGGAUACAGUUAUAAAGUAAUCACUAAAUUAUCUGGUAUGGAGGAGGAACAAGAUCUGUUGUAUAAAACAAGAGAAGAGCAAGGACAACUGUUACAGCAGGUACUUGCUGCUAGUGAUAUUGAUUGCGAAGAUGAAAGGAUGCCAGGAGAGGGAGGAAGAAAUGUAGCAUCUGGAAGUAGAAAAGUUGGACACAUGGGAUCGAUGUCUGGUGCAGAUGAUGCAGUAUAUUAUGAAUUCAAAAAAUCGUCUACGAAUAAGCAUCCUCUGUUCAAGAAAUUCCGAUAUUAAAUACUAAUGUUAUUUUCUCAUUUUGAUAUAAUAAUCCACAAAAGAUGAAAACCAUGAUUGGUCCAUUUUGGAAUUACAAGGUGAUAUCAAAUCCCAUUCAGAAUCUAAUCUAGAGAACCAAUUCAUAGGUGACUUGCAUUUCACCAAAUCAGGCGUACCCAUAUUGAUAAUUG